AGCACUGGAGGAGGACCGGGCCGGGCGGGUGCGGGCCCGAGAUGGGCUGCGGGAGGGCGCCUCGCGCCUCAGUUUCCCUAUCCGGGGCGCCCUGCCUGGUGGUCUGGUGCGGGUUGCUUCGGGGAAGGGGAGAAGAGCCGGACACAGCGUGGGGCGCCGUGUUUGGUUUCCUUCGUUUGCGUUUAACGUCUUCUUUUGUUUGCCCUACUCUCCGCUCUCUCGUAAGCGUAGGUGCCGGUAUUCCGGGUGAACUUACAAAGUUGAGCCUGGUUCCGCAGCCGUGGAACUUUCCCGCCCGCGCAGGGGUGAAUGAGGCUGUCCCCGCGUCCCUUGCUCCCCGCGCUGUCUACAGUCGCCCUUACACACGCACGCACACACGCGCACACACGUUUUACUUUUUUAUCUUUGAAGUCGUUUUUGCGGCACUGGGGGUUGAACCCAGGGCCUUUGCACUGAGCUACAUUCCCAGCCCCCUUUUUAAAAUUGUUUUCAGACCGGGUCUCACUGAGUUGGUAAAUUCCUGAGCUCAAAUGCCUCGGCCUUCCAGAGUGCUGGGGUGACAGGCCUUGGCCACCAGUCCGGGCCAAAGUCUUUGUCGCACUCUCAAACCUUCCUAGAGGACACAACAGGUUGAUCCUCUUUCUUCAAACACAUGGACACUCCCUGAAUAUGAGGAGAAGGGGCCCAGGCGGGAUGGCAUCCAUGAGGGAAACCAGCUUUCCCGGGCACAGGGUCUUUGACCUCAGUGCUGUCUCCUUAGAUGAGCUGCAGAUGGAGGACCUCGGACACCUGGCCUCCCACAGACACCCCACCCAUGCGGCUCCCAUGGCUGGCAGGUUCCUAAAGCGAGACCGAAGUGUGGGUGCAAAACACUUGGGCGCCACCGCACCUGGAGGGCAGGGAAGGGGGCCCCGGCUCAGCUCAGGCAGGUCCCCCACCAGCACCCUGGCCGGCAACACUCUGGCAGCCACGGGGUCGCAGGUCCGAGCCCAUGCGGUGCUCAGGAAGGCGGCCCAGAUGGAAAGCAAGACCCUGGGCCGGGCGAAGGCAUGCUUGACGCGGGGUGACAUGGAGUCUGACCCCAAGACCGUGAGUGAGCGUCCCCCCGAGAAGUCAGAGGACGUGGCCUGUGAGAGCACUGCCAGCCCCCUGGCCUUCCAGACUCGAGCCCUCGCAGCCUCUGAGGUUGAGAGCCCGGUGCCAGGUAGGGACGGCAGGAGGUUCCUGAAGACAAAGGCACCAGCCGCGGAGGACAGGGUCCCACAGGUGCAGGUGCGGACACAGACGCAGAGGCCGAAAACUCCCUGGCAGAGUGAACCCGCUGGGAAGCUGAGCUCUUUGGACAGUGAUGCGGAGGAGAUGCACGCCGUGCUGGGGAGCCUGGCAGAGUUUUCCGGAGAAGAAACCUGCAGCCGUCUGGGGCUCCCCAGCGGGAAGGUCAGAGAGAGAGAGCCUGGGAGAACAGCCUCGCAGGAGCAGACCCGGACUCCGCAGAUCCGUCCCGGUGUGAAGCCUCCAUGGACACGGAGCCCGCCAGCCUCAGGGUCUGCACACAGGGCCCUCCAGGGUGCCCGCACACACGUGCACUCCCCACAGGCCUGCGUUUCCAGGGGCCCCGCCUCCUGCACGGCGUCACUUUCCGUCUCAGGCACCUCAGCACAGCCAGUGUCCUCCACAGCGGUGCCCGGCCAGCUUUCCUCCUCCUCCAGAAGGAGUGCAGCAGGGGCGGGCGAGGACGCAGCCCCAGACACUGGCAACCAGGAGGACGAUGACAGCCUGGACGAUUUUAGGGUCAAUAUUUUGUCGCUUGAUGACCUGGCCCCGGCUGUCAGUGAGAACUCAGACUUGGGACAGAAAGCAGCCGGCGCCCAGGGAGAGGAGUCGUCAGACAGGAACCUCGUGGCCCAGGCGCCUGCUCCCGCUGGACUGGAAGCGCCGCGAUGUCCUCAGCCUCGGAGCUCUGCAUGCCAGGGUGCGGCCAGUCCUGGAGCUGGGGACAAGGGCGUCCCCACGGAGAGCGAGAGCGAGAGCGAGGUGUCCGAGCGCCUGGGCGACAGCGUGCGCAGCAGGCUGGGGUCCUUGGCCCUGGAGUCGAGCUCAGCGAGCACAGCGUACUCUGAGGACUUCGAGCCCACACCCAGCCCCUCCGAGGACGCCCCCGAGGGGAUGCAGGAGACCGCGUCCUCCAGCACAGGGGCAGCGCUGCUCCCCAGGCCCCCCGCAUCGAGGCAGCCGCGGGCCAGGCCCAUGGCGAGGGUCACACUGAGGGACACGGCAGUGCAGACCCUGGACGUCGCCUCCGCCCGUCCGUGGGCAGAGGCGGACGGCGUGGCCCUGGGAGGCAGCUGCGUGGACCCGGCACCCAUCGCCCCGCACGUGGUCAGUGCGGAAGCCAUAGAAGCCCUGACAGCCCACAGCCCCGCCACGGUGGCCCUCGACGACCUGCUGAGGCAGCAGCUGCACCUGACGCAGCAGUUCAUCCAGGCCAGCCGCCACCUGCACGUGUCGCUCCUGCGCUCGCUGGACGGGGACGCCUUCCACUACCACAGCCUGGAGGAGGCCAAGGAGUACAUCAGGCGCCACAGGCCCAGCCUGCUGAGCAGGGCGGAUGCCGUGCCGGACGCAGAGGAGCCGUGAGCGCCAGGGCCCACCGUGGGACAGACAUGGCCCUUUCCGGGGGCGCAGUCGAGGCCUUUCCAUCUGUCCCGAGGUGUGAGCGACUCCGGGGCCAUCACCUCGUGGCUGGGCGAGGAGACUGAGACCGGCGGCUCCAGGGACGGGCAGGGCAGCAAGGGCAGACCUCGGUGCGGCUCCGCCACGCAGGUGGCACGGCGGCCAGCGGGUGACAGCUGAGCACCAGGGCGACAGCCCGGGUCACACUCCUGAGGCCGGGCUUUAGAAAAGGGCUUUAUUGGAAAGCAAAACAGUAAAAUCCACCAAAAAGUGUGAA